AGUUUGACCCCCGAAGGCUGAUAAGGAAGCAGCUCAGCCCGACUCAUGAGCAGCAUCAAAGGCAGGGCCAAUGACUCCAUGUGCCCUGCCUAUCAAUUCUCCCUUUCACGCCUGUGAACUUGUGAAAGAGCCUCAUUGAAUUCUCUCCGCUGGCAUCUGGAAGCCACCCUGCGAACCGGCAGGAGGCUGGUCGCCCCGAACACAAGGCAGAAGCGAGCCCCGGGCAGCAGGCAGCCAGCAACGUCCCUGAAGUUCUGGUGUUCCUUGGCCCCCUUCCUGAACAGUUCCAGAUCAGCCCUGUGGUGCAAAAUCUCCAGAAACCUUCCAGAGUAACGGAGCUGACUCUUCUUCCUGUUGCAGGCAGGCCAGAAAGAGAGAUAAAGAAAAUUGUGUCAGCGGGCAAGGUGAUGAGUUGGCUCCCAGCCUCACCCUCCAAGUGCCUCCUUCAGCUACAAAGAGAAACUUGUUUGUCUGCUCUCAGAAAACUCCCACACAACACAACACAACACAAGGUGACGGGAACAGGAGUUUAGCCUCCCAAAACUUAUUUUCUGGGACUCUGUUCCCAGCCUUGGACUCAGCAGAUAAGACAACCGCUUGUGGUGGGACUUCUCUUCCUGCAGUUUCGCCAGAUUCUGGCACCAAGAAGGAAAGGUAUCUUGACAACUAGACCUUCUCCCUGGAUCCCAAAUCUUUGCAAAAUAUUUACUUUAGAGAAAGGCUCCCUGUUUUCCUCUGCCGAACUGAAGAUCCACGCACUGGGCAGGGGUGGCAGCUGGCAGCCAGCAGCGAUGGAGCCGAGCGGUACCAGCCCCCCAUCUCCGCCCACCAGCAGCUGGACUGCCUUCCCCCAGCGAACCUUGGAGGCCGUUGAUAUUGUUGUCCUGGUUUUAUACUUCGUCUUUGUGUUGGCUGUGGGCCUGUGGGUGGGGGCCUCCCUGUUCGCCAGUAAUGUUGGCAGUGGGCAUUUCAUCGGCUUGGCUGGCUCUGGUGCAGCCUCUGGGAUUGCUGCCACGGCCUACGAAUGGAAUGGAAUGUUUUGUGUCCUGGUGCUGGCGUGGUUGUUUGUGCCCAUCUACCUUGCAAGUGGGGUUACAACCAUGCCAGAGUAUUUGCAGAGACGGUUUGGUGGCAAAAGGAUUCAGAUCUUCCUUGCAAUUCUCUACUUGUUUAUCUAUAUAUUCACCAAAAUUUCAGUUGACAUGUAUGCUGGGGCUCUUUUCAUCCAACAGGCUUUGCACUGGGACCUCUACAUAGCAAUCAUUGGUUUGCUGGUCAUCACUGCAAUUUACACUGUGGCAGGUAGAUUCUCCUUUUCAUUGAAGGUCAUUGUCCAAAGAUCUCUGGCAGCGAAGUCUCUCUCCCAUGCCAAAGGUGGUGCCCUGCUAGCCUCCUACUUGAAGAUCCUGCCUCUCUUCAUGAUGGUUUUGCCUGGCAUGGUCAGCCGCAUCCUCUUUCCAGAUCUAGUGGCCUGUGCUGAUCCCAACUCCUGUAAGGAAAUCUGUGGGAAUCCAUCUGGAUGUUCAGAUAUUGCGUACCCCAAACUUGUCCUUGAGCUUCUGCCACUGGGACUAAGAGGGCUUAUGAUGUCGGUCAUGAUCGCAGCACUGAUGUCCUCUUUGACUUCCAUCUUCAACAGCGCAAGCACGAUUUUCACCAUGGACCUUUGGCGACAUCUUCGACCACUAUCUUCUGAAUGGGAGCUCAUGAUUGUUGGCAGGGGGCAUUUUGUGGCCUUUUGGUUGGCAUGGUGAUAGGCCUGAUCCGGAUGGUUUUGGAUUUCGUCUACCUGCAGCCGGGCUGUGGGGAGUCAGAUGACCGGCCAGCUGUGGUGAAAUACGUGCAUUAUCUCUACUUCUCCAUGAUCCUGGGAGUGAUCACGCUCAUCCUGGUGGUGGCUGUCAGCCUCUUGACAGAGCCCCCUCCGGAGGAAAUGAUCAGCCGUCUCACCUGGUUCACACGGAAGGAUGUUCCAAGAAAAACUGAUGUUCCGAUUCCCUCGUUAUCCAUUCCGGUCAAGGGAAUCCAUGAGGCUGGUCCUUCUCCUGCAGGGCAGCUGGAAAUCACGGAUGGCCCAGAAAACACCUUCCAAAACCAUUCAGGUCCUUUGGACACCAAGAGGAAGGAGUCUAAAUUCAUGAGCCUUUUUUUGUGGGUCUGUGGGAUGGAGAGCAGAGAUAAGGACUCGCCCGGGACCCCUGCUGAACCCAAAGCUGCAGUCACAGCCAUCCUUGAUGAAGCACCUCUGGUGAAGCACAUCCUCAACAUCAACCUGAUCUUGUGCAUCAGCGCGGGGGUCUUCCUCUGGGCCUACUUUGCGUAGCAUCGGACCCUGCCAGCCAUUGCAGAGAUGCUCUUAGUGCUUUUGGGCUUCCACCAUCAAGAACAAGGAGCAUCAAAGAGAAGAGGAAGUGACGAUCUUGCACAUUAUACAUUGUUUGGCUCCCAUAGGAAAAAUGGUAGAAUUGCGUGAAGAAUUCUGCUUUGGUUGGAUAAGGCAGCAAAGGGAAGCCUGAAGCCCUUUGUUAUAAACAUUGAACAUUUAGCACAUGUAAACCAAAACCAAAAGAACUUUGCACUUUUGACUGUUUUAUCCCCCAUGGAUGCUCUUGGACCAGAAUCAUAAACAAACAGCAUUCCCGGGAUUCAUGGAACUAAAAAAAAGCCAAUGGUGACAGUGUAUUUUUACUCAACUUGCUGUGUCUUCUUGGAAUACGGAAAACAUUUGAUAAAAAUCAGAUCUGGAUGGAAUUGCAUGCAAAAUCCUGCUGCAAGUUGGCUUGACAGCAGAACAUUAUUUGAAGAACAACCGUGUUGGGGCUGUUUUUCCUUACAGUCGCAGGGGUCUAAUGAUGGAUUUUGUCCCAAUUCUGUUUUGAAGCUCCCUGUCUUCUGUUUUGUCACAUUGUGGAACUUCACGGGCUGCCUGUGGUGUAGGAGCAAGGAAAAGAGUCAAGCCACCCCUCACCUAAUGUGGGGGGCAACGUUGCUGCAUGGUCAGGAUGGGAUCUGUUCCUUAGGCCAGUUCUCUUCGUGGACAUCUUCUCUGAGGACACUUUGAGGAACCUCAAAACCCCAAAGAAAAAGGGGUUGUUUGGGCAACUAUAUGCCAAGGACAUUUUGGUAGGCUGAUGCAAUUGACACGAAGACCCCUUGCUCUGUUAGGUGGAAUGUUCCCCCGAUUCAGCUCCAGGAGCCUCUAUAGCUCAGUGACCUAAGAGUGUCUCCCAGAGCCGGCAGGGAGGGUCCCAUCUGGGCAGGAAGUCCAGUCCACACUUAUGGCCCUCAUUCCUUUCAGUUGCUGGUCUAGACUGAUGUAAACCCCCAUGUUAAUUGCAGCAUGGUUGCAAUGACAUAUAGGGGCAAAGCCUAAUACCGUGUUUCCCCCCAAAUAUGACCUACUCAGAAAGUAAGUCCUAGCUGGAUAACCGGGGGGAAAAAGAUCCGCACAAGUGAGGAGUCAGUGGACGACAUCCCCCACCCAGAAAAUAAGACCUGGUGCCUUUUUUGGUGGCAAUAUAUAUGUAUAUGUGAUAGGGUCUUAUUUUCGGGGAAAUACAGUAGAGUGUGAUUAAGUUGGGAUUUCCAAAUCCAGACAUCUAAACCAUGGAUGGUGAACCUUUUUGGCAUCUAGUUCCCAAACUGGAAUGCGCAUGCAUCUGUGCGCCUUGAAGCGCCAGAAACCUGAAUACUAGCUGGCUGGUGCACGCAUGCAUUUUUGGGCGGUUUUCGCCGGGUCUUUGCCCAUCUCUUUGGGCUGCUUUCAGGUCAUUUCCGGCCCAAAAACCAGCCUGAAAAUGGCCCAAAAAAUUAUUGGAAAACAGCCGGAAACUGGCUGUUUGGGGGGCAUUUUCCAGCACCCGCAAACACCGGCUGGCUGGUAUGCACAUGUCUGUUUUUUGCCUUUUUUCAGGUUGGUUUUUGGGCCGUUUUCAGGCCGUUUUCCGGUGCUUCAAUGCCGGCCGGCAUGCUGGAAACCAGCAAAGCAGCUGGCGAUGGCACACAGGCCCAUAGGGAGGGUUCUCUGAAUGCCACCACAUAGGUUUGCCAUCACGGGUCCAAACCAUGGUUUGUGGCUAAGUGCAGAACAGUGUUGAGAAUAGCAACUUUCCUUAGUCCGAGCCUGGCAACGCAUCAUGCCUCGAGACUCUCAGGCACACAAAGGCCAAACACCACUUCCAUUUGCUUCCUGUUCAAGUGUGUUUGGCUCACAGGCAUUUAUUCUCAGGGGAAGGAAGUAAUGCUGAUGACAAAGAGUAUCAGGCCCUGAUAAAAAUGUCCCAUAGGAAAGUGUGGGAGAAGUUGGAUCUUUAACCGGAAAUGAAGCUAUGAAGGCAGGAUGAGAAACCCAAGGGCUUCCCCAUCACAUCUCUGCGGGCAGCACCAGAAAGGGCUGUGGUUCCCUCAUGUCCAGCAAGGGAUCAUGUGGGCAGCCUCCUCUUCCUGGGUGCAAAAAUACAAAAUGUAUUGUUUACAUACUUUGCAAGUAAUGACAGGUUUUUCGUGGUGUUUAACAACGUCUGUGUUGCUAUUUAUUAUUCUGAAUGGAAGGAGGGACCUCUGCAGACAUGCAGCUCUAUCCCUGGGUUCUGCUGGUUCCCCUUGGGUCAGUUUUCUUCUCAAGACGCCCCUAAGCCUACUUCAAGUCUAUGUUUACCAGAUCGGACGUCCUGCAGGAAGGCUACACCAUGCCAUUCUCUUUCCUUUUGGCUGUUGCAGGAGGAGCUCUAGAACAAUAAAUACAUACA